AUGGCUGAGGCAUUGGCUGCCAUCGGCGCCAUCGCGGCGGGCCUUCAGCUUGCCGAAGGCUCUGCAAAAGCUCUUAUAAAGACCAUCCGCAUCAUCAAAGCACUUCGCGAGGUCCCUCCAAAGCUGGCAAAAUACCUCCAAGAGAUCGAAGCAUCAACAUCCCAGGUGGAACGUCUUUGCUACAACCUCUUACAAACCGAGUCCAAGUUCUACCAGCAGCUCAAAUCAUUAAGCCACACGGACGGGCUCAUAAACACCUUGGCCACCCUCCACGAAGCCACACAAGAAGUGAACCAGUUUCUCCUCCCGUUCGCCGACUUCGCCCCAGCAGCGGCAACCAGAGCGAAGCCGGGUCGCUGGUUGUGGAAGUCGAUCACAUCAUUGAAGAUGGAAAAGGAUUUGCCGCACAGGUUGGAGAGGCUGGAGCGGCUCAAUGGCGAGGUGAUACGUGAGCUUACAGCCGUGGGAUUGCAAGUCCAAAUGGCGACGCAUAAGCUCACGGCCGCGAACAACAGCCUUUCUAUUGAGGGCUUCGCUAGCAUCGGAGCGCAGCUGACCGAGCUCUCGGUUGGUAUCAAGACUCUCAGUCUAGCGGCUGCGCAGUCUCAAUCCAUCAGCAUUCGCAGCGAUAGCUUCGAGCGUGUCUCGGCUACCAGCUCGGGGGCGGCGAAUCUGGAUGAGAGCGAUGCAUGGUCAAAUUCUUCGUCUGUAACUUUCUCCGAGUCUGGACUGUACAAGAGCUCAUGGCAGAGGAUAUCGUCUCAGCCUCCGAGCCCGCAGACGGUUGCCCAACGAAAAGAACAACUCCGACUUCACUUACAGCGCGGCCUAUCGUCGAGCCUGACAAUAACUCCACGGGACACCCCUGCUGAUGCCCAUUUAAAUCUCGCACUGCUCAGUAUUCGGACCUUCUACACCAAGGGCAACUUUGAUCCAGCACCGGAAGUUCUGCAGCCACGCUUUUGGAAGGACUGCAGCAACAGCAUCUACUUCUUCAAGAUUUCAGAUUUCCCAAAGGCCCGCAUGCUGCUCCAGCAAUCGACUGCGAUCAAUUCUGACGAGAUAUUCACAAAGGGGUCAGCUACCGCGCUUAUCGAAAUUCUUAGUAUAUUGUCACCGAUCAACACCGCCACCAACCCUGAUGUUCGCAAAACCAUGCUCCGUUAUCUUCAUGCCUUGGCGGUACAACAGCUGCCUUGCCAGAGCCCUAUAAUGGUUGUUCUAUCGAGGCUGCACGAAGGCAUGGAGAGUACAGACUGGUCGCUGAGGGCACUUACUUGCAUCGUGGAUCGCCUGUGCGCCAGCCUCGAUCCAGCUAAUGAACUGAGGGUGCUCGCUCAAAGACGCCUCAUCGCCUUACUGCGCCGCAACAAGGACUACGAUGAGGCACUACGAGUAUGCAAUAAGGCUUUGGAAGAUAUCAGGAUGGCAACUGGGCCGGGAUCCCUUCUGGAACGAAAAACAGCACGCUUGCUGGAGCACGUUUUUAUGGACCAGGAGGACUGGGUGUCGGCUCUGGAAGUGUGCUUCGAUAUUGUCGAGCAAAGAUUCGAUGGCACCAUUGGAUUCAACCCAGAUCCACAAUGCCAUGACGAGUGUGCCGUGUGGACAAUGGAAGAUAUUGCAAAGAUAUACGAGAAUAGUGGUAAUCUGGAGGCUGCAAUAGCAUGGUUGAAGCAGGCACGGAUUAGUGGUGGCAUUUGCUGGGGGCCAGAUAUAUCGCUGGGACACAUUCAUGAUAAGCUGGUAGAACUGUUGGAGAGGUGUAAACUGCACGAUGAGGCAAAGCUUUGGAGCACUGCUUUUGGGCCGGCUAUGGUAUGA